UUUGAUAGUACCAACUACAAAGUACAAACUCAUUAACCUCCCAUUAGCAAUGAACCAUUGGACCUUGUUAAAUUACUAUGGGUGUGCUUAGAGCUAAGAGAUAACUAGUGCUACAGUCAGAUCGUAUGACAUACUCGUACAAUUUGUCGGAUUCUCUCCCAUCAAACGCACAUACUCACCUCCCGCGAGAAACACUCUCCUGCAGCUCCUCUCUUUCUCCGGCGAACUUUCCUUAGGGUUAGGGUUUCCGAUCCUCCGACCACCACCACCACCACUCCCCAAUGAUGGAACGCCACAGAGGUGACCGUGAUCGCGACCGCGACCGAGAUUACCGUGACCGUGACCGCGACCGCGACCGCGACUUCCACCCCCAGCCACGCCGACCUUCUCGAUUUACCGACGGUCCUCCGGAUGAACAGAACCGUAGCCCUGGAAAUUACCGCGGCGGAUUUUCAAGUGGCCGCCGUGCCUUUGAAAGCCCUCCUCGCCAACCCCCCGUUGGCGACAAUGGAGGUUUCUACCCCCCUGCAGGUGGGCCUCCCGGUGGUUUCUGGCCAAUGGGCGGAGAAGUCGGAGCUCCUGAAGGAGGUUUUGUGAACGAUUUACCGGGUCCUCCCCGGCCUAUGCCGCCACCACCUCCUUCUGUUACUGGUCAGAAACGAGGGUUCCCUUUCUCUGGCCGUGGUAGCUCACCUGAGCAUUUUGAUGGGAAAAGUUUUGUUAAGCUCUUUGUGGGCUCUGUACCCAGAACAGUGACAGAACAAGAGAUUCGACCAUUGUUUGAAGAACAAGGAAAGGUUUUGGAGGUUGCUCUAAUAAAAGACAAGAGAACGGGACAACAACAAGGGUGUUGCUUUAUUAAAUAUGCUACUUCUGAAGAAGCAGACAGGGCAAUUAGAGCUUUGCACAACCAAUAUACUUUGCCUGGGGGACUUGCUCCGGUACAAGUAAGAUAUGCUGAUGGAGAACGUGAACGUCUUGGUAAUGUUGAGUACAAGUUGUUUGUGGGGUCACUGAACAAGCUUGUUACGGAGAAGGAAGUGGAGGAGAUAUUUGCACCAUAUGGUCGUAUGGAAGAUGUAUACCUCAUGCGUGAUGAAAGGAAACAGAGUAGAGGAUGUGGUUUUGUCAAGUUCUCCAGUAAGGAUUCAGCAAUGGCAGCUAUAAAUGCUCUAAACGGAAUAUUUACAAUGAGAGGUUGUGAUCAACCUCUGAUUGUUCGGUUUGCUGAUCCAAAGAGACCUAGGGCUGGAGAACCAAGGGCUGGUCCUGCUUUUGGAGGGCCAGGUUUCGCUCCUUCCCCAACAUCAGGGAUCAGGCCAGCGGCAGCCUCUAAUCCCAAUAUUCCUGGUCCUAUUGGUGGUCAGGGACCACCAAAUGCAUGGCAGCCUAUGAGUCCGCAGAAUCUGGGUCCAUCUCCUAGUGCUGGUAUCCAUGGGUUUGGCAAUCAGUUUCCUCCUAGGUCUGGUGACACAGCAAUUUCAUCAACUCCUGGUUCUCAUCUUGGUGCCCAAGGCAACCUUACAGAAGGUUCUGUUGGAGGAACUGUUUCUGCCGCUGCUACAUCUCCACAUAAUUUCAAACAAUAUUUUUCACAAGUGCCUCCAAGUAGUCAGCAAUCUCAGCAUAUAUCACCUCUGCAGAAGCCUCUUGAGUCACCUCAGCACUUUCCACCCCCCUUACAACUACAUCAAGGUGCAGGAACAUAUACUCAGGCACCUACUUCUCAGGCCUCGAUGAGGCCUCAUAAUCCCCAAACUGGUGUUCAGGCCCCAUACAGCCAGCCAUUUCCAUCACAACAACUUAAUAGUUCGACUGGCCCUGUGCCUCCUCAAUUUAAUGUUCAGCCGAGUGCCACAGCAGCUAUGGCCUUACAACACAGGCCUAAUGCUCCAUCUUCAAUGACUAAUACUCACAUGCCGACUUCGACUCCACAGCAACCUCUUCCCUAUCAACAAUCUCCUUCUCAGAUAACACAGAUGUUGUCACAGCAAAGACAGACUCUGCAAGCUAGCUUUCAGUCGUCUCAGCUGGCAUUCUCACAACUUCAACAACAGGUGCAAAUGAUGCAACCCUCAAUGCAGAACCAACCAUUACAGCAGAAUUUUCAGGCUUCUAGGCAACAGUCACAAUGGACUGGUGCCACACCAACAACAGCUGCUAGUGCACCUGCUGUUGCACUACCGUCUGAGUCACCUUCUACACCUAUUGGAAGUGCUGCUGCUGCUGCUAGACCAGCUCCAGUUAAAUGUAACUGGACAGAGCACACCUCCCCUGAUGGGCACAAAUACUAUUAUAACAGCGUAACUCGUGAAAGCAGGUGGGUGAAACCCGAGGAAUUGGCGUUAUAUGAGCAACAACAACAGAAACCAGCUGUUCAACCACCCUUAAACCAGCCAAGUCUGCAGGCUAUUCCUAAUCAGCAGGUAACUCAAACACAACCACCGCAGUUUCAGACACAAUAUCGCCACACUGAGCAGUUUCAGAAUCCGCCUUUGUCAUCAAUGUACCAGGCUCCUCGAGGUGUGGGCAACAUGACUGCUCAGGAGGCUUCUUAUCCACAAUUACAAGCACCUCCUAGUUCAGGCAAUGAUAUUGCUCGCUUCCAACAGGGGGCACAGCCACAGGCUACACAGGAUUGGGCUUGGAAGAGCAACUCUGGAGGUACCUGAAUUCACAAUCCAGCCCAGCCGAAUAAUGGUCUAGUCGAGUAUUGGUUUAAUCAGAAUUACCUGUGCGCUGUGUAUGUACAGUAAAUGUUGGGCGUUUUGGUCAUGUCCUGUUAAUUUUUUCAGCCUCAUCAUGUUUAGUGUCUCCGGUAGGUCUCCUGAUCGCACCAGUGUAAGCCUGUUGGUAUUGAGGCGGUCAUUAAUUAGCAAUUAGAUAGAGCUUUCGUGUUGUAGAAUAUGUAGUAAGUCACUCAUUCGCCCGUUUAUUUUUAUCUUUUUUGUUACUUAUAGAUUCAUGAGAUUAGGUGCUCUAAUCCCAACAUGGAGUGGGAAAUCACCGGUGUAACAGCGAAAAUAUGUACCAUAUAUUUAUUCAACAUCACUUAUACCAGGGGAGAUAAAUAAAAUAGAUUAGUGAACAUUGACUUCUCAA